AUGUCUGCCAUUCUUCUAUUCUGCACCGCCGAGGUCCCCGGAAGGGUCAUCGAGAAGCUCAUGGCCGAGUGCGCCAUCCCCGAAAACGCCGACAACAUGUUCAGCCUCGUCCGCACGCCCGACCAGGCGUCCCUCGACGAGUGGGCGACCUCGCCGCCCAUCGCCGACUUCGCCACCGGCUUCGCCUCUGCCCCCGACGCCCAGCUGCGCGCCCUCGUCGAGCCGCUCAUCAAGCGGUCCACCGGCGGCGCCUCCACCAGCCUCGCCGGCGACUGGCUCGCCGUCCUCGACGACAAGUCCGAGGAGCAGGGCGCCGUGGUGCUGCACUACUCGUACGCGCUGGAGGACUGGGACGAGCAGCCGAUCGUCGGGCCGGCCGAGGUGGUCGACGGGACCAUCUGGUGGAAGUGGCGUGUGCCGUUCAAGGCGGCCUGGACGCUGUGGAACGCGGUGGACAGCUGCGGGUAUGACGGCAUCGAGCUGUACUCGCGCGAGGAGUAUCGCGAUGCGGAGGGCGUGCUGCAGACGGAGAUCCCGGACAAGAUCCUGGCGGGCGAGAUGGCGGACCCGAAGCAGGACGAGGACGAGGACGAGGAGGACGAGUAG